GUCAACACAGUAGCAUAGUCGUAAAUCCAGCAAACUUAGUCCCUUCUCUUUUUCCUCCUCGCCGGCAAAGUUUCCGUCGUUGCUUCUCUUCACUCCCACCACGAAGAAUCUAAGGGGCGGUGAAGCUUAUCUUCAAAAGCUACACAGAGGUAGCAGUCGUGAGCAGAAUCGCACCAACGAUGCAGUUCCGCCAUCGGAUCAAAAGCGGGUAAACGGUGCUCCGAUUCUUCAAGCAACCCCUUCUUCCGUCCCGGAGACCACUUCUUCGGUGACCUCUUAUGCUCCGAUCUCUGUUACGAAUCGUUCGGAUUACAUAUCCUCAGAGGAGGAGUACCAAGCGCAGUUAGCCCUAGCGAUCAGUGCGUCGAAUUCCAGUCCUGUGAGGUUCCGGAGAAGCAUCAGAUCCUAGCGGCGACGCUUCUGAGCUUGGGAAGCCGUUACCGGGUGGAGUCAAGGAGGGAUUAAUCGGAGGUGGUUGCAGAGAGCUUAUCGAGACAGUACUGGCCUAUCCGCAGACUCAGCUAAGCAGGGAGAUAUGCCAGUGCCAUCACUCGAAGAUCUUGAAAGCAACCAUGGAACACGUGGCUUUGAAGCUGUGGUUGUGAAUCGACCCAUUGAUCCUUCCCUGGAUGAGUUUCUUCAAAUUGCGCAAUGUAUUGCACUGGAUUGUCAUUCUCCAAGUCUUAACGUGCUGGUUACAGAGGCUGGCUGAACUUGUCACAGGGCAUAUGGGUAGGUCUGCGAAAGAUUACAGUAUAGUAUCGGCAAGGUGGACUGAGAAGAGUACUGAGUUCAGGGCAGCACUAAACACUUGUGUAUUCCGUCUUGGAUUUGUAAAUAUUGGUCUCUCCAGGCAUCGUGCUCUGCUUUUCUAGGUUUUGGCAGAUAGUGUCAGGUUGCUUUGUAGGUUGGUAAAAGGUAACCAUUACACGAGCAACGAGGAUGAUGCAGUGAACACAAUACGACUGGAACGCCUGAAUGGAUGGCUCCAGAAGUUCUACGCAAUGAGCCCUCAAAUGAAAAGUGUGAUGUGUACAGUUUCGGGGUGAUUCUAUGGGAACUAGCAACAUUGAGAUCGCCUUGGCGAGGAAUGAACCCAAUGCAAGAAGUAGGAGGAGUUGGUUUCCAGAAUCGCGGGCUUGAGAGAUCCCAAAUCAUCUUGGAAUGUUGGCAAACGGAUCCGAAUCUGCGGCCGUCCUUUGCUCAGCUGACGGAAGUGCUGAAGCCUUUGAACCAGCUCGUGCUUCCUUCACCACAAUAGUUUUCAACUGUGAAUACAUGAAAGACGGAAAGGCCGUGAUGCUGUGCUUAUAUUAUUGGGUUAUAAACUUGGUCUCCUCUCUUUCCCACAAUGGACGCUCAUCGCUCAGAGGCCAAAGCUUUUCCAUCAAUAUCAUCAAUUCCAAUAUACGGUUCGAUUAUAAAAUUUAAUAAUAUUGUUUGUUUACCUCUAACUUUCCUUAUCGAUAUCAACUUGUGUUCCUAAUCAAACCCAUCAUAGUGCCUAUUUUAAUCCAGACAGAAAACUGAUAUCCAGUAAACUAUGGAGUUGAUUGGAUAUUGGUUUGUAUUGUUCUUCUAAUUUUGGAUAAUAUAUACCACAAUUAGUGAUUCUGGGACGAAAAUGAUAUCUUGAGAGACUUGGGGGGGGGGGGGGGGGGGGGGGGGGGGUAGAUAGAGUAAAUAGAUACUCUUGAAAGAGAGAGUGUACGUGGAGUGCAAGAGACAGCGAGUGAUUAGGGUCCACGAAUUGGCGCGAAUUCCAAUGGGGAUGAAAGAAGAAACCCACCGAAGUCGAAGGAUGAACAACAAUGUCACUCUCUCUCUCUCUCUUAUUUUUUUUUUUUGUUUACUCAUUCCUACAGUCGCUCCUUCGCUUCUUUUCUUCUUCUCUCCUUAUUUUUUUCCGAUCUCGCUUCCUCCCAGUUUCAUUGUUCUAUUUCAGUUUCUGGUGAUCCCAUCAUUUUUUUUUGGUUCUGUGUGGUGAUCUUAUUCCUCUGAACGUCUUUAGAUUGUGGUAAUAUAUCGGUGAUAUUGUCGGAAACUGUAAUCGUUUUGUCCGAAUCCCUCUCCGGUGUGUCUGUUUGUCUAGAAAUCUACAGAUUUUUAGGUUUCUUGCGUAACAAGUCACUAUACUGCGGGGAAUGUCCCGAAAAAUGGAUCUCCUUCACUUGUAAUCAUUGUGAAGAAGAAAAGACUGACCAAUAUUGAACAAUGGGAACUCCAGUAAAUAUUAUUGUAGGUUCUCAUGUUUGGGUUGAAGACUCAGACGUGGCUUGGAUUGAUGGUGAGGUUGAAAAGCUCACUGGAGAAGUUGUGAUCCAAGCGACAACUGGAAAGACGAUCACUGCAAAGUUGUCAAAGAUAUACCCAAAGAAUGUGGAAGCUCCUGCAGGUGGUGUUGAUGACAUGAGAAAGUUGUCUUACCUGCACGAACCUGGUGUCCUUCAGAACUUAAAGAUCAGAUAUGAACUUAAUGAGAUCUAUACAUACACAGGAAACAUCCUUAUAGCGAUUAAUCCUUUUCAACGGUUGCCUCACAUCUACGAUGCCCAUAUGAUGCAACAAUACAAAGGAGCACCUUUUGGAGAACUAAAUCCUCAUGUUUUUGCUGUCGCUGAUGUUGCAUACAGGGCCAUGAUUAACGAAGGGAAGAGCAAUUCGAUUCUUGUAAGUGGUGAGAGCGGAGCUGGAAAAACUGAAACCACUAAGAUGCUUAUGAGAUACCUUGCGUAUUUAGGAGGUCGUGCAGUUACAGAAGGAAGGACUGUUGAACAACAAGUUCUUGAAUCAAAUCCUGUCCUUGAAGCCUUUGGUAAUGCAAAAACUGUGAGGAAUAACAACUCAAGUCGCUUUGGUAAAUUUGUUGAAAUCCAAUUUGAUAAGCAAGGAAGAAUAUCUGGAGCUGCCAUAAGGACCUAUCUUCUAGAGAGGUCUCGUGUGUGUCAAAUCUCUGAUCCGGAGCGCAAUUACCACUGCUUCUAUCUUCUUUGUGCAGCACCCCAGGAGGAAAUUGAAAAGUACAAGCUGGGCCAUCCAAAGACCUUUCAUUAUCUGAACCAGUCUAAGUGCUACGAGCUUGUCGGUAUAAGCGAUGCUCAUGAUUAUCUUGCCACAAGGAGAGCUAUGGACAUUGUCGGAAUUAGCGAAAAUGAACAGGAAGCAAUUUUCAGGGUGGUUGCUGCAAUUCUUCAUAUUGGAAACGUCGAGUUUACUAAGGGAAAGGAAGUGGAUUCAUCAGUUCCUAAGGAUGAUAAGGCGAAGUUUCAUCUCAAGACAGCAGCAGAACUUCUCAUGUGUGAUUUAAAAGCUCUUGAAGAUGCAUUAUGUAAACUUGUUAUGGUCAGACCCGAGGAGGUUAUCAAGAGAAGUCUCGAUCCAGAGAGUGCUGUUACCAGCAGGGACGGUCUCGCUAAGACAGUCUACUCUCGAUUGUUCGAUUGGUUGGUAAAUAAGAUUAAUAACUCGAUUGGACAAGAUGCGAAUUCAAAAUGUCUAAUUGGAGUUUUGGACAUUUACGGAUUUGAGAGCUUCAAAACUAACAGUUUUGAACAGUUCUGUAUCAAUUUCACUAAUGAGAAGUUGCAGCAACAUUUCAAUCAGCACGUUUUCAAGAUGGAACAGGAAGAAUACACAAAAGAGGCAAUAGAUUGGAGCUACAUUGAAUUUGUGGACAACAAAUUGAAGCUGACAUGGAAAAGCUGAAGCUGGUAUCCUUGAUUUUUGAGGGGUGCACUGGUUCAAGGAAGAGAUGGAUAAAGCACCAUUCUCUGAUUGGUUACAGUUUACAGACCGCUUGUUGGACAGAUUUGCAGGGUCUAGUGAUACUGAACCAGUUUCUGAGAUUGCUCCAAUGGCAGCAACUUUGUGUUCCCCUCCAGAAUUGUUACCGACACAACAAUCAACUCCAAGGGUUCUUAUCGGGGCAAUAUCAACUGAUGCAGCUGAACUAUCUGACAAUGGCUUCAUGAGAAAGAAAGUGUGCAGAAUGAAACCGAUUUCAACUAUUGAUCCUGAGAACGAUUCAACCGAGUUAUUAUCAGUUUCACAUGUCAAUGACGUGGAUGGGUUGUAUCUGAAUGUCAAGGAUGAAGUGGUUCUGCAGACAAAACAAGUUUCCGCAAGUGUUCUUGAGUCAUAAUUGUUGCUGCAGAUGGAUUCAUCCGCAUUGAUUCUGAAGCAUAAACUGGUUCCAUGGAUUGUUACAAAAAAACAGAACUGAUGUGUGUUACAGAGUCAAUUGCAACA